UUUCGAUUUUUCGUUUCCGGCGUAAUACUGCUGGCGAAUCUUUCCCGUGUCUAACACACCGACAACAACAGCAAAAUGGCCAAGCGCACCAAGAAGGUUGGAAUCGUUGGUAAAUAUGGUACCCGUUAUGGUGCCUCCCUGCGUAAGAUGGUCAAGAAGAUGGAAAUCACCCAGCACAGCAAGUACACUUGCUCCUUCUGCGGCAAGGACUCCAUGAAGCGCGCCGUUGUGGGCAUCUGGUCCUGCAAGCGUUGCAAGCGGACCGUCGCCGGUGGCGCCUGGGUGUACUCCACCACCGCCGCCGCCUCCGUGCGAUCCGCCGUCCGUCGUCUGCGCGAAACCAAGGAACAGUAAACAUAUACGGAUCAUUAAUGAUGGAACCAUCUAAUUGAAUGCUCCGCUAUGCUAGCUCCCGUACUUUUAAUCUGACAACGCGAUUUUCCUGUGGUUUGCGCCGUGCCGGUCAUGUGAAAAUAAAAAAAAUGUUUUUUACUUUUAACA